CCAACUUGACGCAUAUUCCUCACUCUACAACAUCUGCUCUCUAAUCCGCCACUCUUAUACCCAGACCUUCUGCAACCUGUCCUCCUAGCCAGGCUCCCCCGUCUUUUUGCUCGGCCCAGUUGAGUGCGCUCCAAUCACAGUGCGGCGCAUAAGUCAAACCUACGUCACAUUCCCACAUCCGGAUUCUGUGGCCUCUUUGAAAGAUGGCGGCCCUCGCCUUCAAGGCUCUUAGCUACGGCGCAGAGCAGAUUCCCGACAAGUUUUUUCACAAAAUCCCAGGCGGUUACUUCAUCCCACAAGAAGAGAAAAACGCUAGAAAGGACCGCAAAGACCGUCAGAAAAACGAGACCAGACAACGAUACAGGAGCGAAGACCACUCGAGCGCGCGCCGCUCACGAAGAGACCUCAGCCCAACCGACCAGUCUGCAGAGGAAUACAAUUACGACCGUGAUUACGAGCAAAGAAAGCAAGAGCGACGACGUGCAAAGAGCGCUGGACGAAGUUCUAGCAGAAGUUCAAGUCGAGGCCGACGUCAUAAGCACAGCAGUGACCUUGACGGCUCAUAUAGCGAGUCGCAAGAAAUCAUGGCCCAGCCCGAGCAGAGACAUCCCUAUUUUCCUCCUCCGCCAACAUCCGAGUACAAGCCCUACGAGCCCCAGCAGUAUGCUCCCAGCCCGGUGCGCGGCCAAGAACGCCAGCCAUCGGCAACACCUACAUAUGGAUACGAGCCCCAGCCAGCACCUUCCUCAACCCGAGGCGUCGAUGCAGACUACACGCAGCAGGAUGCCCAUCGAGGUCACUCUCGAUACGCUCCCAACAGUGCAUAUAAUGCAGCACCUCCCCCGCCAAUGAGUGAUGCUUCUAUUCCUCCACCACCAGUUGGCUCAAACUCGCCCUUGAACCCUUACCAUCAUACCGGUUUCGCUGGAUAUCAACCAUCGCCACCACCAUUCAGCCGUCAAAGAUCGAACUCUCAGCCUGGUUACAGCCCCACGCCCGAACCACCGUAUCCAAAUUAUGCUCCUCAUGUUGCGCGCGAAGACGUCGUCCAAUAUGCACCGCCUCCUGUAGACCCCUACCGUGGCCACCGGCACCGUGGGGAACAUGGGCAUAGGAAUCGAGCCAGGUCUGCCGACUCCCACUCCCGUCGCUCCCAUUCUAGCAAAGACCAUGGUCGAGAAGAUUCACGCAUGGCUAAAGUGCGUGGUAGAUUCGACAGUAUGGACCUGCGCGAGAAAGGGCUGGCGGCGUCAGUGGGAGGUGCGUUGGCUGGCGGAAUUGCAGGCAGGACCAUGGGUAAAAGUAGACUGACGACGCUUGCAGGAGCAGCGGCAGGUGCGCUCGGCGCCCGGCAACUGGCGACACGCUCAAGGAGCCGGAGCAACCGCCGGUCUGCAUCCCGUUCUCGCUCCCGCUCGCGCACUCGCCCCCAUGACCGGGAGGAGCGCAGCAAAGGCCCUGGUCUGCGCGCUAGAAGCCGGAGUAUUAUCGACCGUCUUCGCUCCAAAUCUCGGGGUCCAGAGCAUCGCGAGGAGCGGCGAAAAGAUGAGCGUAGUAGGGACAAUAAUAGGCGCGAUCGCCGCCCUGACCGUGGAUACGACUAUGGUCGCGAUGACGAGUACGAAGAUGAUUACGACUACUUUAGCAGCGAUGAGGAGGGAAACGGAUCCCCGGUCAAGACGAGGAGGCAUCGGAGGAGGGACUAUUAAGGUUGGAAUCCGAGACAUAAUGGCGUGGUAGUCGUACCAGGUUGUGGUGUAUUAUUAUUAGGUGUCUUUUUUUUAACCUUUUUUGGGUGUGUAUGUACCCGUGCCAUUCCUUUUUUGGCUGCUUUGUCGUUCGCUUUUUUUUUUGCGCUCUUUCCUGCAGCUCUCAUAUGCGCAUGUGGUUUUAUGAGGUUAUGACGUAGCUGGGCUAGGAUAAAGAUACGAGACGACCUUUUUAUGAAUUUAUGAGAAAUGACAAGGACAGACGCAUUAAGAAGGGAGAAGGGAGAAAUGCUCGGCU